AUGGAUGCUAUUAAAGCUGGUGUAGAAAAAGCAAAAGAAGCUGUUCAAACCAAAAGAGCUGACGAUAAGGCAGAAAAAGCACUUGAUCCAACUAAAAAACCAAGUGAUCGUGCUGAUGCAGCAUUUGAAUCUAAUAAAGCUGCAAUAAAAGCACAAGAACAUGCUUAAAAUCAAAUUCGUCAAAUAAAUUAUCAAAAUAAUUGUUUUAAAAAUAUUCGAAUUUUUGCUGCAAAUUUAUCUAAACAAGAAAAUCGAUAUCCAAUUGGUAGUGCUAUUAUGUGGAAAAAAUUAUUUAUCAAUGAACAAUUUAGCGAUAUUUCAUUACGUUAUCAUGGUUAUACACAUUUUUUUCUUAUGGAACCAGAUGCACGGCCAAUUCGUUCAUAUUGGUUAGAUGCUAUUGUUGAACAAAUAAUCAAGGGUCGGGAUAGAGAAUCAUAUAUUGCAACACAAUGGUGGAUGAUCGGAUCAAUUUAUCGUGGUUUUGAAUCAAUAGGACAAUAUUUUCUACAUAUAAAUGGAAAUGCAUUGUAUCAUUUAUCAUUAAAUUUUAUUCAAUUUCUUGAAUAUAUUUCAUAUGAAACUCGAUUUGACUCGAAAGAAUCAUUUGGUUAUGAUCUUGAUAUAUUUUUAUAUUUAUUAAAACAUAUAGAUAAAGGAAAACAAUUUUGGCAUAAAUUUCAAUUUUCUGAUUUUAUUCAAAAUUGUUGGCAUACAGGUUGUAAUGAAACAAAUAUAGAAUUUUUAUAUAAUAAUCCAAAUACUUAUCUUAUUCAUGGAAAUAAAAUUCAACAGAAAUUAUUAGAUAAUUCAUUUAAAAAAUCUAAUAUAAUUAUAAUAUUAAUAAUAUGUAUUUUAUUUUUAUUAGGUGUUGUAAAACGAAUUAAAUAUUUUUGUUGGAAAUCAUUGUAUAGACGAAAUUUUUUAUUACGUAUUAUUUUUAAAUAA